AUGGUGAAGUUACCGCUGCUGCUGCUGCUGAAACCGGUGCUCAGCGGGAUGCUGGUCGGUACAGAAGAGGUGACGUUAAACGAAAUGAUCGAGGUUCGGCUGCUGACUCCAGUGGAGAGAGAGAUGGUGGUGGAGUUGAAGAAGAUGGACGAGGAGCUCACGCCAGUGGAUAGGAUGAUGCUGCUGCUGCUAACACCAGUGGAGAGAGGAAUGCUCGUGGUGUUGGAGAAGAUUGAGGACGAGCUAACUCCGGUGGAGAGCGGGAUGCUUGAACUGCUCACCCCAGUCGAAAGAGGAAUACUGGUAGUGUUGGAGAAGAUGGACGAUGAGCUAACACCAGUAGAUAGCGGAAUGCUGGAACUGCUGACGCCGGUGGACAGAGGGAUGCUCGAGCUGCUCACCCCAGUCGAAAGCGGCACGCUAGUAGUAUUUGAGAAGAUGGAUGACGAGCUCACACCGGUAGAAAGAGGAAUGCUGGAGCUGCUGACACCAGUUGAAAGGGGAAUGCUGGUGGUGUUGGAGAAGAUUGACGAGGAGGAAACUCCAGUGGAAAGAGAGAUACUCGAGCUGCUAACACCGGUGGAGAGGGGAAUGCUACUGCUGCUGCUAACUCCAGUGGACAGCGGCACACUCGUAGUGUUUGAGAAAAUUGAAGAGGAGCUCACACCGGUUGAAAGCGGAAUGCUGCUGCUGCUCACACCGGUCGAGGAUGCAACGCUUGUGCUGUUCGAGAAGAUGGAAGAGGAUGAAACUACAGAGGAAGAGCUAACUCCGGUGGAGAGAGGAACGCUCGAGCUGCUGACACCAGUUGACAGAGGAACACUACUGCUGCUAGGACCAGUGGAGGACGGUACGCUAGUCGUGUUUGAGAAGAUUGACGAUGAGCUCACUCCAGUGGAGAGAGGAAUGCUCGUGACGCUGCUGCUGACGCCCGUAGACAAGAUGAUGCUGCUGCUGGUUGAGACAGAAACGCUGCUAACAGUACUGACACUGGACACGGACGAGACAGAAGAGCUGCUGUUGGUGAUCACGGAGCUGCUGACAAUAGUACUGCUCGAGAGGGAUACCGAGGUAGAUACUGAUACUGAUGUAGAGACAGAUACCGAGGACGAGCUAGAAACAAUGGAACUUGAAGGGCUGAGCGUUGAAAUAGUUGAAGACAGGCUCACGCUGCUGCUGACGGAUGAUGAAGCCGAACUGGGCAAUGUGCUCACGGACGUGUUAGACGAGGAAAUUCCAGUGUGGGACGUGAUGGUCCUGGUUGACUCGACAAGUACAGUAACAUAG